UUUGGUUCCUUUACACCAUUGCCUCUUUGAAACAUAUUCCUUCAGUGCCUCAUCUUCUGUCACUGGUAGAAUUCAUCUGGAUUUGAUUUCCUUGGUGCUGGCUCAGCUUCCCCUCACCCCACUCAGCAGCAGAUCCCCCAAACAACCAUGGCCGAUAGCGGUGCUACAGAAGAUGCUCCCAUCACCUUUACCGUCAAAUCCUCAACUGAUGCCAAAUACACAUUCACCCUCCCUCUUUCUACUCCUGUCUCCGAGUUGAAACAGAAGCUCUCAAGCUCUGAGUAUGCAGAUACUCCAGCUGAACGCCAGCGUCUGAUUUACUCUGGUCGGGUUCUGAAGGAUGAUGAAACCCUUGAUUCUUACAAAAUCAAGGAUGGGCAUACCAUUCACUUAGUGAAGAGUGCUGCAAGCAAUCAACAACGAUCCAACACAUCCGGCCAGUCUACCUCGACGGCAACCCCUGCUGCCACUGCCUCAAGUCAGCCUGCAGCAGGUGUCCCUACCAAUCUUGCUGCAGGUACUGGCAACAACCCUCUAGCUGGAUUGACUGGAGCCCGAUAUGCUGGGUUCGCCCAGCUACCGGGUGCGGGACUCUUUGGCCCAGAUGGUGGGAUGGGUCCGCCUCCCGAUAGCGAUACCAUGUUAAACAUGCUCGAAAACCCUCAAUUCCAAUCGAGCAUCAAUGAGGCCCUCCAAAACCCUCAGGUGAUUGACAUGAUGAUUCAGCAAAACCCCAUGCUACGGGACAUGGGACCUGGAGUGCGACAGAUGAUGCAGAGCCCAGAAUUUCGUCGUAUGUUGACGGAUCCCAACUCUAUUCGCUCCAUGAUGCAAAUGCAGCGAUCAAUGGGUAUGGGAGGAGGUGGUGCAGGUGGUGAAGGCGCCUUCCCAGCUCCUGGUGUGACUAACACAACCGAGGGAAAUCAGAACGCUCAGCAACAAGAUACACCACCCAACCCUUUUCAAAUGGGUCAAUUUGGUCAGCUACCUCAAAUGGGCGCGGGAAACCCAUUUGCUAGUCUGUUCGGGGGCAAUCCUGGAGCUAAUCCGUUUGCCCCUCCAGCCCAACCGGCCGCCACAGGAACGGCUGGUCAGACUGAGGGCACUGAGGGCACACAAAACACCACUGGCCGAUCUCCUACCGGAGAAGCACAGAACCCAUUUGCAGCGUUACUUAACCCGUCUAUCUUCGGUGGUGCAGGUCAGGCGGGUGCGGGCAUUGGCGGCAACGUGAAUCCUUUCAAUCCUCAACAAAAUCCGUUCCUGCGCGAUCCUGCUCUCAUGACCCAAAUGAUGCAGGCGAUGGGUGGACAAGGUGGAGAGGGCGGUGCAGGUCAGGCGGGUGCGGGCAUGGGCGGCAACGUUAAUCCGUUUCUGCGCGAUCCUGCUCUUAUGAACCAAAUGAUGCAGGCGAUGGGCGGCCAAGGUGGCGAGGGUGGUGCCGGAUUGUUUGGAGGUGGUGGUUUUGGCACCCCACCUCCCGCGGACAAUCGGCCUCCUGAGGAGCGAUAUGCGGACCAGCUCCGCCAAUUGAACGAUAUGGGAUUCUUUGAGUUUGAGCGAAACAUUGAAGCUUUGCGACGGACUGGUGGUAGUGUGCAAGGAGCCGUGGAAUAUCUCUUGAGCUACCCGUCAUAG